AUGGAAUUAGGUGUAUGGAUCCUAGUCGGAUUUGGAAGCAUUGUCGGCAUUGUGGUGACAGUAGCUAUUGCUAGUAACAUCUUGACAAAAAGAAGUCCCAAAGCAACCCCAGUACCAAAAAAAGAUGCAUUUAAAGAUAUGUUUCCACAAAAGCUUGCUUGUCCAAAAGUUCCUAUCAAGGAGGAAUAUUCAGCAACAGAUAAUCUGAGUGAACUAAAUUUCAUUGGGGAAGGAACUGCUGGUAUGGUGUAUAAAGGCAUACUAUCAAAUAACCAGCAUGUUGCCAUCAAGCACAUAAUCGAUGAUGGGAAAAUCCAAUCUUUUGUCAGGGAAGUUACAAGCUUAUCACAUGUCAGACACCCAAACCUUGUUGCACUGAUGGGCUGUUGUGUAAUGGAAGAUGAGUGCUUCCUUGUCUAUGAGUUCUGCCCCAAUGGAAACCUCUCAGAGUGGCUUUUUGGGAAAGAUAAGGUCCUGACCUGGAUCCAAAGGCUUGAGGUUGCGAUUGAUAGUGCUAGAGGUCUUUGGUUUCUUCACACAUAUCCAGAAGGCUGCAUUGUACACCGUGAUAUCAAGCCAACAAACAUUCUUCUGGGGGCAAACUUUGAAGCCAAGCUCUCAGACUUUGGAUUGUCUAAGGUCAUUGACAUGGGUGAGAGCUAUGUAAGUUCAGAAGUUAGAGGAACUUAUGGAUAUGUUGAUCCUGAGUACCAAAGCAACCACCGAGUAAAUUCAUCUGCUGAUGUAUACAGCUUUGGUAUGGUAAUUCUACAGAUUGUCUCCGGAAAGAAAGUUAUUAAUUUGAAUCUGAAGAAGCCAAUGCCAUUGAGUAAAAUGGCAAGGGUGCAUAGCAGAAGUGGCAGAUUUGCAGAGUUUUCUGACCCUAAACUUGAUGGGGAGUACUCCACGGAAGCUUUUGAUCUAACACUUAAGCUGGCUCUAUCAUGCACGUCACUUAAGAAAGAAAGACCAUCUAUGGAGCAGGUUGUUGAAAGAUUAAAGGAGACCCUUGAGAUAUCAACAAGGGCAAAAGCCGGUGCUCCUCAAACUACGCCAGAACAGUCUUUCACGUCAUAA